CGCGCGGCCGGGGGAGGGGUCGCGGAGACAGCGGCGGCGUCAGCGGCGGCCCAGGCGGUGGGAACCGAGGCGCCGGAGCAAGAUGGCGGCGCGAGUCCUUCGCGCCGGCGGAGCGGCCUCGGCCGGCUGCGUCCUGCGGCGGGCCGCCCCCUGCAGCCUCCUGCCCGGGCUCCGGAGAUUGACGUCUUCCAAUAACAGACCUCGAGAAGACAGCUGGUUAAAAUCCUUAUUUGUCCGGAAAGUUGAUCCAAGAAAAGAUGCUCAUUCUAAUCUUCUAGCCAAAAAGGAAACAAGCAGUCUAUACAAAUUACAGUUUCACAACGUUAAGCCGGAAUGCCUAGAAGCAUACAACAAAAUUUGUCAAGAGGUGUUGCCAAAGAUUCAUGAAGAUAAACAUUACCCUUGUACUUUGGUGGGGACUUGGAACACGUGGUAUGGCGAGCAGGAUCAAGCUGUCCACCUCUGGAGGUAUGAAGGAGGCUAUCCUGCCCUCACGGAGGUCAUGAAUAAACUCAGAGAAAAUCAGGAAUUUAUAGAAUUCCGGAAGGCAAGAAGCAACAUGCUUCUCUCUAGGAAGAAUCAGCUGCUGUUAGAAUUUAGCUUCUGGAAUGAGCCUGUUCCACGGUCAGGACCUAAUAUAUAUGAACUCAGAUCGUACCAACUCCGACCAGGAACUAUGAUUGAGUGGGGCAAUUACUGGGCUCGUGCCGUUCGCUUCAGACAGGACAAUAAUGAAGCUGUUGGAGGAUUCUUCUCUCAGAUUGGGCAGUUAUAUAUGGUGCAUCAUCUUUGGGCUUACAAGGAUCUUCAGACGAGGGAAGACAUUCGGAAUGCAGCAUGGCAUAAACACGGCUGGGAAGAAUUGGUGUAUUACACAGUUCCACUUAUUCAGGAAAUGGAAUCCAGAAUCAUGAUCCCACUGAAGACCUCGCCUCUCCAGUAAAGCUACAGAAUUUAGAUGUGCCUACUGUCACAUAAAUUUAUGUGACAAGUAUUUGUGAUAAAUUAAUUUUAAUUGUAUAUCAAGUGAAAAACACUGAAAUGUAAACUGCUGUAUAUAGCUUAUGAGAGACCUCUUUUCUUUAAAAUUUACAUAAUUAGAAGAAAGGAAAACUAUUCGUUUGACUGAUUAUAACCAUACUCUGUAGUCCUCUUUGAAACAUCCCUGUGUUUGUUGAAUAUACCUAAACCACCCUCUGAAAAAAGAGGGCUCAAAUUAAAAUUUGAAAAAGCUCUAAAUAAGAAUCUGGAUAUCCAUGAAAAAAGUUAGGCAUUUCGUUAUAAAAAAUCUGUUUUAUAAUUACAGAUUUUUAGACAAAUUUCUUGUAUAAGGAAGAAAUACAGAUUUUAUCAUGUUUCUCUAGCAGAUUUUUGGUUCUCAGACUAGGAACAAAUUAUGAGUAUACCCAGUACCUGAAUAUGUUUUAAUUCUACUCUCAUUUUCAAUCAGUCAGCCUGGUAAACAAUGUGCGUUACUAAGCUGGUAGUGGCUGCCAGGGUCCAUUUAAUCAAUAAUUCAGUCUUCACUUAAAGAGGGUUGUGAUGCCUCUGUACGAGAAAGGAAAUGGCUUGAACCUGUGUAUCAUGUGAUUGUGAGAUGAACACCAUGAAUAGCACUAAUUUUUGUUUGUAAUAUUUUUCUAUAACAAAAUGAGAGGCACUAGAAAAAGAGGUUUUAUUUUGUGAAAAUCACUCAUGACCUCAGACAUUCUCCAGGUCUCCACGAUCAUGUAUGGGGGGUAGUGCAUGUUCAGAUUUAAAUUGGCAUCACCUGCAUACUUUGUAUAACUGUUUGACUUAGUUUUUUGAGUGUGCCUAUUUUGUGACUGUAAUCAUAUAAACAUCCUGUUGAAAUGAAAAAUUAUGUCUGACCCUUAAAUAAUUCAUGUGUAAAAGUGUGAAUAAAUCUCAUAUCAAAUGUCAGACUUUUACAUGUGAAUGGUUUUCUCCAAGAACAUAUAAAAGUCAAUAAAAUCCUCUUUUCACAUUUUA